AUGAACUUUGUUACAAACAAAAUUGAAGAAAAAACAGGUAUGGACAUCAAUAAAGAUGGUCAUGUCGGAGGAGGUGGUGUUACUGGACAAAUUGAAAAAGCUACCCACAUGGAUUUAAAUCAUGAUGGAGUUGUUGGAGGACGUCAAACUGGAGGAGGCGGAGCAGGUCUUCUUGGUAAAGCUGAACAAGUAACACAUAUGGAUCUGAAUGGUGAUGGUCGUGUUGGUGGUGGAGCUCCUCGUAAUCAUUAA